CACCGAGAGGCAACGUGACCAUUCGUUAAAAUGAGCAACUGUUCGUUUAGAUCCACUUUCAGUUUAGGUUUCUUCUAAUUUCAUCACCUCUUACUCAAGGGAACAAGUUUCCACUCCUGGUUGGUUCUCGGUUUAAGACAGUGUUUCCCGAUCAGCACAGAAAUGGCGUCAUUUAAACCUACGAAAGUCCAAGUCUAUCCCAAACUUGGGGAGAAAGUCACACAAGACACACUCUACUGGAAAAACUACAAGACUCCGGUCCAGAUAAAAGAAUUUGGAGCGAUCACAAACAUAGACGUCUCCCCCGUGGCGCCUCACAACUUUGCUGUGACAGCGUUCACAAGAAUCCACAUUUAUGGGGCGUUCUCCCAGGAACCUGUGAAGACGUACACACGGUUUAAAGACACAGCUUACUGUGGGAGGUUCAGGGCCGACGGUCAGCUACUCGUGGCGGGAUGUGAGGACUCUGUGGUCCGGCUGUUUGACGUUAGUGGCAAGGUGGCACUCAGGAUGUUUAAAGGGCACACAAAGGCCGUACAUGUAACAGACUUCACCUCAGACCGUUACCAGAUCCUCACGGGGUCUGACGACUACACCUGUCGACUGUGGGACAUGCCGAACACCACAGAGCUCAACACCUACCAAGAACACACAGACUACAUCCGCUGUGGAGUCACCAGCAAGCUCAACAGAGAUCUCUUCAUUACUGGAUCAUACGACCACACACUGAAAGUAUUUGAUGCCAGAGUGGAGAAGAGUGUGAUGACCAUGGACCACGGCCAUCCAGUGGAGAGUCUCCUUCUUUAUCCCUCUGAGGGUCUCCUCGUCUCUGCAGGCGGACGCUAUGUGAAAAUCUGGGACCUUCUAAAAGGAGGUCAGCCUCUUGUCUCCCUGAAGAAUCAUCACAAAACUGUCACCUGUUUGUGCCUCAGCAGCAAUGGACAGAGACUCCUGUCGGGUUCUCUGGACAGGCACGUGAAGGUGUACAGCACAACCAACUAUAAAGUGGUUCACAACUUUGACUAUGCUGCCUCCAUCCUCAGUCUGGCUUUAGCUCCUGAUGAUGAGUCCAUUGUCGUGGGUAUGACCAACGGUAUUCUGAGUAUGAAACACAGAAAGAAUCCUGAAGAGUCUAAAGAAGUCAUUCAACAGAGGCGACGACCGUCGUAUCGUUUUUUUGUGAAGGGGAAGAACUAUGUCCCUAAACAGGAUGAUUAUCUCGUCAGUAAGCCAGUGAAACAGCAUUUGGCCAAAUACGACAAGCAGCUCAAGAAAUUUAAUGUAUCUCAGGCUUUGGAUACAGCUCUGGAGACGUGGGUAAGAUUCAGAAAACCAGAGGUCACGGUCGCUGUAAUAAAGGAGCUGGAUCGAAGAGGAACGCUGAAGAACGCUCUGGCAGGAAGGGACGAACAGGGUCUCUCUCAACUGCUCAACUUCCUCGUCGGGAACUUGGUUGACCCCAGAUUUGCUCCUGUGCUUGUAACGACGGCGGAGAUUAUCUUGGACAUCUAUCAGUCAGUAAUCGGUCAGUCGCCAGUCGUGGACCGACAGCUGCUUCGUCUGCAGGACCUGCUGGAGAGGGAGAUUGACUACCAGCAGGAACUGCUGGAGGUGCUGGGCAUGUUGGACACAAUGUUCGCCUCCUCCCUCCCAAGGAAGCAAGUGCCCUGCUCUGCCGUCAGCAGGUCUAAUGGUCUGGCUCAGGGAGAAGCAGGAACACAGCUCCCGGCCACCUGAGACCUGGAGCUAGGCGAGAGAAACUGCUUUAGACUGGGUUAACCCUAAAACAUCUUUUUGAACUGUCCAACACAAAAGGACGUGUCAGGCUACAUGUCAUCAAACAGUAACAUUUUCAUACAGGUUUUAAGAAACUGAAACAACCCACGGUCUCACUCUGGUGUUUUAACUCGGUGUGACUGACAACACAACAGACGACAAAGAACAUGCAUUUGCCGUAUGAGAAACAUGGAUUUAAAGCAAAGUGUUGCUGUUAUUGGAAGUCUCGUAAUUACACUUUCCAUUGUAAAUGCGUGUGGAUGUAUGUGUGUGUGUGUGUAUAUGUAUACACACUUGUGUGUUUGAAAGAUUUGACUGUGUGUCUGCUUUGCGUUUUCCUAAUAUUUGGUGUUGACAAAUGUUUUAUAAGCAGAUCAAAAUAAAUCUUUGUAAUAGUGAAAAUGACAA